GUUAGAAAGAGAAAGAGAAAGAGAAAUGUAAUAUAAUAAAGGAAAGAGAGAAGGAAAGAAAGAAAUGGGGGAAAGAAGAAAAAUAAGGGGAGAAAAAAAAGAAAAGGCCAACGCGAGGAUGAUCUUGACGCGCGUUGAACGCGUUUCUAUCGAGGGUUCGAGUGCGAUCCCGAUCGUAGCUCGACAGCAUCCGCCCGCGCAAUGGACCAGGCGCGUCGAAGGGGGCCGAGCGUUGGCGAAGCCGGUCGAACGCGGACGAAUAGUAGGCUCGAAUCGUGCUCGCGCGACGCAUCGGUUCGAACGCGCGCUCGAGUACCGCUCUUGGUUUAUCUAUCUUUCUCUCUUUCUCUGGCAUACACAUACAUAGAGAGAGGAAGAGAGAGAGAGAGAGAGAGAGAGAGAGAGAGAGACAAAUACUAACAGAGACUCAAAGAGUAGUAAUCGUCUUCGUCAUUCCUCGUGUCUCUCGACUUAACGCUCGCGCGCCAGACGUUCCGACAGGCAAACGCGUUCUCGAUACUCCGUACGUGCCGUGCGUUCAGUCGUUGCGCGCGAAAUCGAACUUUCGAUCUAUCGAAAUUUGAAAAGAGAUCGUACAAAAGAAAAGAAAGAACAACAACAACAAUAACGAAAAAGAAAAGAAAAGAAAAAUAAGAGAAAGAAAAGGAAAGUAAACGGAAAAGUGAAGAAAGAUCGUGCAUAGCUUUCUUUCUUUUAUUUCAUUCUUCAUUUCUUUCUUCAUUUCUUUCUUUCUCAUUCGCCUUUUUUCGUUUACUCGUCACAAGUGAGUUGGACUUGAAAGAAACUUGAAGACUCUAAAAGAGAGAGAGAGAAAGAGAGAGAAAGAGAGAGAAACAAAGGAAGAUAAAUGAAAUAACGUGAGGGAGAAAUAGGAAAAGGAAAAAGAAGAAAAAGUUAAGUGCUCGAAACUUUGAGAAAUAAGAUUUUUGUGAUUAUUUCAUUGUGUUUUUCUUCGAAAAUAAUAUUACGAAAGUGUAAAGCCAAGGAUCCUGGACUGAUGGAUUUUAUUUGUUUGUGCAACGAAGAUACAGAAGGAAGAACGACAAGACGGACGUGAGAAUUUAUCGUUAUACGUAAUUUUGAAUUAAUUCGUUCCUUCAGAAACGAAGAAUUCGUCGUCGUCGACGAGUGGAAAAGGAAGGAGCUUGCUCGUUGACAAAGUGGACAACGUCAGUAUAAUUCUCGUUAUGGAUUCCUUCUCGACGGGGGCACUAUGCAAACCGAGGAAGUCGUGCCUCGUGCACAAUCAACUGGCAUAGACUUGGCCCUAACGGACAAUAAUUUGCAGCAUCAUCUGCAUCAUCAUCAUUUAGCUCAAAUCAAGUGUCCAUUGGCGCCUCUUGCACAUAUGGCCGUUAAGCAAGAACCUCAGGAGGAGGAGGAACGUAGUCGUGAUACCAGCACACUUAGUCCGCAAACGGACACGAGUUCCGUGCAAGUGUCGCUUGAUAGUAAACAUGGAAAUGAUCAGCAAUCCGUUCACCAUCGUCAGCUUCAAACGUUGGAGGAUGCUACCGGUCAAACGUGUGCUUCAGAUCAAAUUAACAGGAAUAGAAGCAGCCGUGGCAGACGAAAGUCACGAUGGAAACUCAAAUUCCAUCAUCAGGCAUUACCGCCGGAGUAUUUGGAUCAUUACGAGGCAUCUCUUGCUCAGGAGGCAUUAAAUUCAUCCUCACCAACUCACACGAGCGAACAAACAGCACCAAGCCCGGCACCUACAAGUGCUACGUCUACGCCUAGUCCAAUCGCCGAUGUUCACGGUUGGUUGCAACGUAUAGCUGCCAUGCAACAAGAACUCUGUCCUCAAACAAUGCCACAACAAUGUAUGAACUUUAAUUCCGGUCAAUCGUCGGCAUCGAGACGAUCAGUGAUCACUUCGACUUCCUCCCACGCUUACACUGUACCCCAUCACCAUCAUCAUCAUCAUCAUCAUCAUCAUCAUAAUCACGCUCAACAAUCGUCCCAGCAGACAUCCACGAGGCCACCUAUGAAGUAUUCCGAUUUACCUUACAUGGGUGAAAUUACGCUUGACAAUAGUAAACCUCGGAGAGGACGUAAACCAAAAAAAGCAGAUAUUUGUCAUUUGAUUUACAAGAAUUAUGGUACUAUAUUGCCAGGCACACCUGGUCACGAAGAAAAAAGGCUCUCUCCUCAAGAGAAACCUGAUUGUCGGGAUCAGUUACCACCUCAGAUACCAUUUCAACGAACAGACGUUCAGAAUAGGAUCAGCAGUCUUUUAGAAAAACGUCUCACUCAAGAGACCAGACGGAAUUUCGUCUUGACGGAUACUACGAACGAACAGGACGAACCAUUGAAUCUCUGCAUCAGAGAUCUCAAUCAGUUGAAGAUCAGAUUGCUUCGGAAGCAUGGCAACGUUUACGAGUCCGGACAGGUGAAGAGUGAAGCUUCAAGUGACGGGGAAGACAUUGAGUGUUUGGGCACUACCUUUUCAAACUCUUCCAAUCGCUUAAUAGAUUCGACGAAUCACAUCAACAACAACGUUAAUCACGGAUCCGACGGAUCUACGGAUCCAAUGAUUACACCAAAUCCAGGAUUCGUGUAUUUCCCAAACGCUGGUGUUUUCAUACAUCCAAUGGCCCUACAAUCGCAAUUACUCUAUUAUCAAAAGAUGGCUCAGAAUGACAAAUGUUUCCCACGCGGCAUUGAAUAUUCUCAGAAAGAACAAAAAAUAGUCCCGAAAUCGAUAUACUCGAUGAUGGACACGAAGAGUUCGAGUUCGGUCUCACCAACUACGCCAACUACUCCAACGCAACAAUCCCAAACAGUUCCAGUUUCAGCUCCGUUAUCGCCUAGACCUAAGAGAAAUGCACCAGUUACUCAACAUCAGGGACAACCGACGAAACGUAAACGUUCGGCAAUUUUUAUCCCACCGAUGCCUUCGGAGAAUAACAAUAAUCCUGCCACCGAGGUGAGCAUAUGUAAAUUCAAGUUCACCGGUGGUGCCAAACCGAGCUUGCAAGAGAAAAAAAGCCUUUCCGUGGAUUCAGGUGGUAACUUUAGAUAUUACAGUGGCACUGGUGAUAAAAGUAUGCGCGGUUAUGAGUUCUUUCCACGUGAAGCCCUUCAACAACAAGCCGGUCAAUCUGGAUCUUCGGCAGGUGCGUUUUUAAAUGCGUCUGGUGAGAGAGUCCAACCUCCGGUAGUUUGUCCGCGUUCUAACAGUCAAGAAGACGGCCGUCGCAAACGAAAGACCAGGAAAUCCCUUCAAAGGGAAAAACUUGAACAGACAUUCAAGGAAAAGGGUUUUCUUAUUCAAACUCAACAAUUGGAAUCCGCGGAAGGUGCUACAUAUUGUAAAUUCCGUCAGUUAAGAAAAUUCACGAGAUAUUUGUUUAGAAGUUGGAAGGACUAUCUUCCUGGUAAUGUGCGCGAGUUAUCUAACAAUGGGGAGAGUGAUAUCGUUGAUGGUGAUGUUGAGACCGACGCCAGGAUCGUAUCGUCUCCCAUACCUCGUGAUACGAAUCACGACGCGUCGUCGCCUACGUACGUUGACGAUCAUCGGACUCUUCCUUUAACGUGAACGUUAUGAACUAUCUUAAAGUGUCUCGUCCUUCGAACUCUCAUAUACGCGUAAUGGAGUUUAUUUUCUUAAUAUCGCGGCGAUAUACGAACGGCUAUGAAAAUAUGCAGCAGUGGAACUUUAUGAUACCGAUAAGUCAUAACUAUCUCUAUCUCUUUCUAUCUGUCUGCCUGUCCAUUUGUCUGUUUGUUUGUCUCUCUCUCUCUCUCUCUCUCUCUCUCUCUCUCUCUCUCUCUCUCUCUCUCUCUCUCUCUCUCUCUCUUUCUCUCUCUCUCUCUCUCUCUCUCUCUCUCUCUUUCUCUUUGCUUUUUCCGUUCCACUUGUACGCUGUUGCAUUUACGGUGCCCGUGAAAACUCGAGACGAAUUUUACGAUCGUUUUAUAUUCGCGACCCAUCGACUUGUGAUCAAGUGAGAAUUUUCUUAAUAAACGAAUAGUAUAAUUAAUUAGAAAGAAAGAGGGAGGAGAUCUAGGCUAUGGAAUGAGGGAACUUGUUGUAUUAUCUGUGAUGCGUAUAAAAACGAAUUUCGAUGAUUUUCUCCGCGUCGUUGUGUAUAGAAAUAAAUUACAGAAAUAAAUAAUAUUCAGAAAUAUCGUAUAUAAUUUAAUCGUACGUACGAACGAAAAGGUUAACUAUUUUUCAUAAUAAAAGAAUAUGUCGAUGUAAAUUAAUUAAGCGAGACAAAACGCGUGCUUUCGUGAGAAAGUGAAAAGUAACGAUGAUUUUUACGUGAUUAGAUGUACGAAUUUUCUUCUUUCCCACCUUUUAUUUUUUUCUUUUUUUUUUUUUUUUCUUUUCUUUUCUUCCUUGCGUCUUUCCCUCUUGGAUUUGUUUAACCAGAAAACACUGAUUAAAUGUAAAGUCGAUCGCAGCUUUGUGCCAAAGAUGGGAGACUGGAAUGUAUGUAUGCGUGUGUGCGUGUGUGCGUGUACGUGUGUGCGUGCGCGUAGGUACGUACGAGAUACGCACGUAAGAAAAAAAUAAAAAAAAAAUAAAAACAUAACUAAAAACAAAACAAAAAAAGAAAAAUAAUAAUAAAAAGAGUUAGAGAAAAAACGUGUUAACCAAAGAACAAUGAUGUGUCUCGAGACUCCUCGUCGUUCGUAUGACGACGACAACUUCGUGACAGAGAAAAUGAAAGACGAAAGAAUUUUUCGUUUGUAAGAGUUGGGAUUAUUGUAAAUAGAGAAAGAAUGAGAGACAAAAAGGAAUAAACAAGAAAUAAGAAAAAGGAAAAAAGAAAAAAAAAAUAUACGGAGAUCUUCCUUCUUCUUUCGAACGUUAAUUUACAAAGACCCAAGGGAAGUGCAUUUUUCUAAUGAUGAUGUUGUUGUUGUUUUCUUCCGAGUGCGACCCAGAGUGAGACUUUAACGAUAAUAAAUACGCGAUGUUCUUAUUUUUGUUUAUCGUAUUUUUCUAAGACUAUAUAUCGAAUAUCGUAUUAAUCGAUAAACGCAGUCUAACGAAAUCUAGUCCUAUUUAUACUCUUGUUAAAUCAAAAAACGCAUCGUUUAUUAUUAUUCUUAUUAUUAUUAUUAU